AUGAGAAACAAUAUGACAUCUGUCACAGAAUUCUUCCUCCUUGGAUUUCCACUUGGCCCAAAGAUGCAGGUGCUCCUCUUCGGGCUCUUCUCCCUCUUCUACGCCUUCACUCUGCUGGGGAAUGGGGCCAUCCUGGCUCUCAGCUGCCUGGACCCCAGACUGCACACCCCCAUGUACUUCUUCCUCUCCCACCUGGCCAUAGUGGACAUCGCCUAUGCCUGCAACACAGUGCCCCAGAUGCUGCUGAACCUUCUGGACCCAGCCCUGCCCAUCUCCUUUGGGGGCUGCAUGACCCAGACCUUUCUCUUUUUGACUUUCGCUAUUACAGAAUGUCUCCUCCUGGUGAUGAUGUCCUAUGAUAGGUAUGUGGCCAUCUGCCAACCCCUUCGAUAUUCUGCCAUCAUGAGCUGGAGAGUCUGCAUCACCCUGGCAGUCACUUCCUGGACCAUUGGAGUUCUCCUGUCCCUGAUUCAUCUAGUGUUACUCCUACCAUUGCCCUUCUGUAUGUCCCAAAAAAUCAAUCACUUUUUCUGUGAAAUCAUGGCUGUUCUCAAACUUGCCUGUGCAGAUACCCAUAUCAAUGAGAACAUGGUCUUGGCUGGGGCAGUAUCUGUGCUGGUGGGGCCAUUCUCCUCAAUUGUAGUAUCAUACGUGUGCAUACUCUGUGCCAUCCUAAGAAUCCAGUCAGGGGAGGGUCAAAGAAAAGCCUUCUCCACCUGCUCCUCUCACCUCUGUGUGGUUGGACUCUUUUAUGGUACAGCCAUUAUCACAUAUGUUGGACCCAGUUAUGAGAACCCCAAGGAGCAGAAGAAAUAUCUCCUGCUGUUUCACAGCCUUUUCAAUCCCAUGCUCAACCCCCUGAUUUACAGUCUCAGAAACUCAGAAGUGAAGAAUUCUUUGAAGAGAGUGCUGGGAAUAGGGAGAACUUUGUAA